AUGUUUAAAAUAAACUAUGUAUACUUAUUUAUUCAUUUUUAUUUACUAGUCUACAUAAAAUGCAUUGUUACUGAUUCUUGCGAUAAGACUAACUUGCAUAAUUGUUCUAGUAUAUAUUGUUCACAUAAUAAAUUAUCAAAUAUAUAUGAGAAUUCUAAAUAUAUAUUAACAGAGCUAGAAAAUUUACUAUAUGAUUUAAGAGAUGAAAAAAAUUCACAUCAAUUAGAAAAUGAACUUGAUAAAAAAUUAGAUUUUGAAAUAAAGUUCCCUAUUUCUAAGGAUUACGAUGAUUUGACGUAUUUAACUUCAGAUGAAGAAUCCGAAAAUGAAAGUAAAUAUAGAGAGCCAGUUCCUUAUAUAACUAUAGAUAGAUUAAACGAAGAUUUAGAUGAUAUGGAGAAGUCUCUUUUAAAUUAUAAUAUAAAUAAGAUAGACAACUCAGCAAAUAGACCUUUACAAAGUGAUGAAGAAAUUGAUGUUGCUCUUUCAAGAAUACAUGAUUUUGAAGAACAACAAAAAAACUUUAAGGAAGAAAUGAGUAAAUACAAUUUUAAGAGAUAUUUAAGAUCACAUAUAAAAGAAAACACUUAA